UACCAAAAGAUGAAUCUGAACCUUUGCGAUGGAGAAUCUGCGACACAAUGGGUUUACAGCCACAUAGAGAAAAUGAUUGCGCGAAUAUCCUUAAGGCAAUAGAUGGACACGUACCAGAUAGAUUUAAGUUCUCUGAGGAACAGAUUAAUCAAGGCACGCCUAGUUACAUAGCCCAUAGCCCAACUAAAAGACAAAGCUCAUUGUGUUGCUAUAGUGAUCAAUGCCCAGGGGCUUGA